AUUUCUAUUUCUGUAUCCCUCGCUCUAGUGUUCUACUUGUAUUUUACCCUUUAUCUUGAUUUUACUUUUCAGACAAAUUGUCUUCUUCUUUUUUUUUUUCUUAAAAAGAAAGAAAAUGAUCAAAUUUCGCUUAGUCUAUUCAUUUUGAAGCACUUUUCAAGUGCUUAUUUUAUUUGCUGGUGUAUUUUUCUUUCCGCUUAGAAUUCUAAGCGGAUUAGUAGUGACUAUAUAUUUGCUAAUUGCAGCAUUUUGGGGGAAAGAUUGGGGUAAUCAUGCCUGACGUGCAAGCUCUCGUCAAUGAUUUUCUUAACAAGCUUAAGAAGCGUAAGAUUGAGGGCUCUCAGGCCACAUCAAGACAGACAGCAGAGUUGUUACGGUCGGUAAUCUCACAGCAGCGAGUGCCUUAUAACAACCAAGCUGGAGCUUUGAUUGAUGCCGUGAAGGCUGUUGGAGAGCAGCUAAUUGCUGCAAAUCCUGUUGAGCUGGCUGUGGGUAAUAUAGUGAGGCGUGUUUUACACAUUAUUAGGGAGGAGGAUCUUUCUCUGACCACAGCUGCUAUGGCGGGAUUGAACUUAUCAGCUGUAAGUGAUGAUGAGGAUGAUGGUGAGCGAGGUGAUCACCCGGUUUUAUCAGCUGCUGUUGUUGCUGCUGCUGCAAGAAGUACUUUGCGUCCACCUUCCUUGCAGACUCUCCUGGAGGACAUGCCUGACUCAGCAGCUAUUCCUCAUACUUCUUCAUCAGGGGGUGAUUCUGAAGGAAAAAGCAAAUCUGUCGAUAAAAGUUCAAGAAGUCGGAAGCUGAAACAUGAUGUCAUUGAAGCAGUUAAUGAGCUUAUACAAGAUAUCACUACUUGUCAUGAACAGAUUGCUGAGCAAGCAGUGGAACACAUUCAUCAAAAUGAGGUAAUAUUAACUCUAGGCAGUUCAAGAACAGUAUUGGAAUUCCUUUGUGCUGCAAAGGAGAAGAAAAGAUCAUUCAGAGUAUUUGUUGCUGAGGGGGCUCCGAGGUAUCAAGGGCAUCUUCUUGCCAAAGAGUUGGUUGCAAGAGGUUUACAGGCCACUUUGAUUACUGAUUCUGCAGUUUUUGCCAUGAUUUCACGAGUGAACAUGGUUAUAGUUGGAGCUCAUGCUGUCAUGGCCAAUGGUGGUGUUAUAGCACCUGUUGGAUUGAAUAUGGUUGCACUUGCUGCUCAAAAACAUGCAGUUCCAUUUGUUGUGCUUGCUGGUAGUCACAAGCUGUGCCCCUUGUAUCCACACAAUCCUGAGGUCUUACUAAAUGAAUUGAGAUCCCCUUCUGAGCUGCUGGAUUUUGGAGAAUUCUCUGAUUGCUUGGAUUUUGGGAGUGCCACUGGUUCUCCUCUUCUGCAUGUUGUCAAUCCAACAUUUGACUAUGUACCACCAAAGCUUGUUAGUCUAUUCAUCACUGACACCGGAGGGCAUAAUCCAUCAUACAUGUAUCGACUCAUUGCUGAUUAUUAUUCUGCUGAUGAUUUGGUGGUGCGACGAAGAACUACUUCUGGGAAUUGAGAUGCUAUCCUCACUGGAUUACCAUACAUUUCGCUGUUUAGAAUUACCGUGGAAGGAAGAGGUGGGUGGAGAAAGAUCAGAUACUUUAGCUCAUUUCAUGGCACCAUGUUAACCUCCACUAAUCGGGAAGAAAAUCAUAAGUAAUUAGCUAAUAGUUACAUGGGGGGAAAACAAGGAGACGGGCCAGGGAAUGUCCAUUUUUGUGUUGCGACGGAAAUGACGAAUAGGAAGUGAUGUUUGUAAUUGUGAGUUAGAAGCUUUGUACUUGUGACAAAACCAUGUACUGACAAACCGACCAUUGUUGUAUUGCAUUUUCUCGAAAAUUUGAUGGCA